AUGUGGUUAUGGUUUCCUUGCUGUCAGUUUAUACAUGUAGCCGCACAACACGAGGAAAAACAAUGCAGUGGAAGUGCGGUGCAUUCGGGUCGAACGCGCGUAGCGGCACAUUUUGUUCGUCUGAAGACAACGCGCACGUGCUGCAAGACAGAGGAUGGUCUUUCCGCAGUCAUUCCGCUGGUCACUCAAUGCGCAUAUCAGCCGGGCAAGCCAAGCAACUCAGGUGGAUAUUUCCUGGUUCUAGAAAUUCUGCCUGAUCGUUGCUUGUUUUUUUCUUUGACCACAUCAAAUACUCUGACGGGAAAUUCAUCUAGUGUAUUGGAAAUUAAUGAAUUAUUGAAUUGAGGCCCAACCCACUCAACAUAGCGAAAACAAGCGGAAGGCUUCUCCAGACAAGGUGACCCGCCGACUGCGCCGGGUAGUUCGAGUAGCAAAGUGCUUCUCUAGUCGUUUUGUCUGCAUAUGAGGUAAUUCGUAGAUCAAUUCGGGUUGUCGCGGCACCGGUUCUUUUGUGUCCGUCUGUGCGUGAUACUUUCAGCCGCAGCACACUACUGCAGCCGUUUCCGCAAUGUGGGACUUUGUAGGCACUAGUAUCUCAC